AGGUGCAAGCCUGGUUCUUCAAGGUUCAGCGCCAGCACUUCCCACCCUCGCCCGCCGCCAACCUCAAUCUCAAAAGCGAGACCACGGCCACCACGACGGCCCGGAACCAUGGCAGGGAGUUCAAACUCGUCCAUGACCUCCAACACUGCCACGCGUGCCCCGGCCCUCGCAUUUCUAUCCGCCUUUACAGACUCGUCCCGGCCCACGGGCGCAGCCGAGAUGCUCGCCCUCCUAGACACAAUUCGCUCCGGCAACCGCCAUGGCCUUCUUCAGGCCUCACCCGCCAUCCCGAAUGCCUCGCUCCAGCUCGCAAAGGCCACUUUGGAUGCCUAUGCCGCCCAGGUCAGCGACGAGCAGCAGGAGCGCGUGAGAGAAGCCAACAAGAAGCGAAAGCGGCAAGGCGGCGCCGGUGCCGCUGAUGUGCUCAAGAUCCGCAAGUUGCACAUUGACGGGUUCGAGAGUGGACAAGUAUGGCAGCAGGCGCGCAGAAUCAUCGACAGCACCCUGCAAGACUCCAGGGAUGCUUUGCAAGACCUCGAGGAGAACAAUGAGGUCGGCGGCCCCGUCGUCAACGGAGAGUCAAAAACACUUGCCUUUGACGAAGACGGCUUUGAAGUCGGGUCUGACGAGGAAUUAUCGGAGGAAGAGGAGGAGGGAUCCGACGCCGAAGACCUUGGCUCGGACCUAGCGGGCGAGGAUGACCUUGAGGACGGCUCCGAAGAAGUGGAAGACGAUGAGGAUUUGAACGAGACAUCGGAACUCAACGGCGUGUACGACGAGCAAGAUGGAGAAGAUAUUGGAGAUGAUAGUGAAGAGGACGAGGACGAUGGAGAGGAGUUUGAGGAGGAUCCCGAUGGACUGAACGACGGUUUCUUCAGUCUUGACACAUUCAACAAGCAGACACAAUGGUUCGAGGCUCAAGACGCCAAAGCCGACCCCAACACAGACCAGGCUAGCGACGACGAGGAUAUUGACUGGCACGCCGACCCUAUGUCUGCUCAGCCAGCGGCCUCCAAAAAGCCAAAGAAGGGCGACGAGGACGGGAUGCCGUCAGACAUGGAGGAUGAUGAUGACGAUGACGAGCUUGGAGGUGCGACAUUUGGCGACAUGGAUCUUGAUGCUCCUGAGGGCGCCAGUGACGAGGAGGAUUUCGAGGACGAAAUGGAAGAUGGUGACGACCUCAACGCGAACGAUGUCUUUUAUAAGGACUUUUUCGCACCUCCACAAAGGAAGGGCUCCAAGGACAAGAAGCCCCGGAAACCCAAAAGCCGCCCAUCAGCGCCAGACGACCAAGAUGUGGAGAGAGCUAUGGCCGACGUCCGGAGAGAUCUGUUCGAGGACGAGUCCGAACGAGAAGACUCCGACGAUGCCCUAUCAGAUGUAUCUGCUGGCGAUCCUCGAUCGAGAAAGUCGGCUCACGAGCGUCGCGAGGCCAAACUCGCAGAGGAGAUCCGCAAGCUCGAGGCGGCCAAUGUCGCCAAGCGUGAAUGGACCAUGGCUGGCGAGGCCAAGGCCGCUGAUCGCCCCAUGAACUCAUUGCUGGAGCAGGAUCUGGACUUUGAGCACGUCGGCAAACCCGUCCCUGUCAUCACGGCUGCUGUCAGUGAGAGCAUUGAGGACAUGAUCAAGCGGCGCAUCCUAUCACAAGAAUUCGAUGAAGUCAUCCGUCGGAGGCCUGGUUCGGAUGAGUUUGGUCAGCCUACAAGACGUGGUCUUGUCGAUGUCGACGAUAGUAAGAACAAACAGAGUCUGGCUGAGAUCUACGAGGAGCAGGCCGUCAAGGACUCCAACCCGGACACAUAUGUCAGCAAGUCUGACGAGAAGCUCAAGAAAGAGGAGAAGGAGGUAGAGCAAAUGUGGAAGGAAGUUUGCGGAAAGCUCGACGCUCUCAGCAGUUGGCACUACAGGCCCAAGGCUGCCGCGCCGUCGCUCACGGUCGUGUCUGAUGUGGCCACUAUCAGCAUGGAGGACGCACAGCCCGCGACAGCACAGGGUGUCAGCGGCGGUGACCAGACUCUCGCGCCUCAGGAGAUCUACAAGGCUGGCAAGGACACUGCCGAGAAGGGCGAGGUCGUGGCAAAGAGUGGCCUGCCAGUCGCACGGGAGGAGAUGAGCCGGGAAGAGAAGCUUCGCCGGCGGAGACGCGAGAAGGAGCGGAUCCGCAAGAGCGGCCCGGUGGGCAACCAGAAACCAAAGAGCGCCAAGGCACAGGCCAAGAAGGACACGCUGGGAGACCUCAGGAAGGCCGGCGUCAAGGUCAUCAACAAGAAGGGCGAGGUUGUCGACAUGGACGGCAACAAGGCCAAGGGCGCGAGCGCUGUCUCGAGUGGCAACUUCAAGCUGUGAGGUGGUGCUCGGGCUUGUGUGUACUGCAUUACAUAGGGAGCGACGGCUGUUCAAUUUUUUCUUGCAUUGCCAAUGUAUAUAAUCUGCAUGCUGAACAAAACCCGACGCGGCUCAAUAAUUACCAUGCCUUUGCUGAUUUUGUGCUUUUCAAUUCAAG